UUCGCUGCUCGGCGGGUAGGGGAAAGAAUUUGACGCCCCACCAAAAAUAAAAAGAAGGGCAAAAUCCGCAAAAUUUUUCUCUGUAAGAAUAAUCUACCCAACGCAGACAUACAAGAACAAAGCUAGCAGAGGAGAUCUGCCAGAUUGCUGUUCAAUUCUUCCCCACAGAUCUCCUCGUGUCCGAUCCGAUCGGAACCCAUCUGCUGUAUAACUUUGGAGUUUUCCCACCAACAUUUCUUCCCCAAUUCAUAUUUGUUUCUUUUAUUUCUACCCAUCAAUUCACUUUCCCUUCUUUCCCGACGUUACCCAUCAAUUUCCGUUUCCUUGUUUCCCUAUUAGUCUCGCUGUGUUUGGAUUAGAUUCAUUGUAUUUGGUCGGCGCUGAUUGGGUUGGUUCAUCUUUGUGGGGUUUGUUUUUAUACCCGGAAGGAUGGUGUUGCCAUGAAGAUAUUGGGUUUGUUUGUGUUUCUCUCCUUGAGCUGGGGAUUGUUGUUUUGAUGGCUUCGGCUCAGGUGUUGCCCAAUUUGAUGGCGUCGACUCGGAAAUUAGAGCAUUUGGAAGCAGGAAAGCGUCGGCUAGAGGAGUUCCGAAAGAAAAAGGCAGCAGAGCGACUUAAAAAGGCUGCACCUCCAAGCCAAAAUCACAUUUCAGAUGGUGGUUCCCAUGAGAAGAAGCCUUUAGAAUCCGAACAUGCUCAACGAAUUACAGAUUCUGAUGGAGCUACAACAACAAAUGGAGCAGGCAGAUCUGCUAUUGAAUCAUCUCCUGCUGUAGUCAAAGAUGACAGACACGCAAAUAGCUUUUCUCAGAAUAUUGAACAAAAUACCUUGAAUGAAAGACAUGCAAUCUAUCCUUUUACAAGAAAUGGUGAUGGAGCCUUCUCAGCCGAUCCAGUGAAGCAACCAUCAAACGAUCAAGAAAUCAAGACAUUUGAUGGUCUGAGGCUCCCUAGACCCACAGAUGUUAAUAGUAGAAACGAGAUAUUAGAAAUAAAUAGGGACUCUGGAGUAAUUGGUGAAUCCCAGGCUAGAAUUUCAUUCGGGAGUGCAUCUGGCAUUAGCCCACAAGAAAGUGAAGAGACUGAUAGCAUUUUUAGUCAAUCUGCCCACCAUGGGGUGGAUGGACUACACUAUAGAAGAGAUAGUCCAGAGAAUUCUACAAUUAAGAGCUCUGGUACUUUGCAUAGCUUUUCUGCAAAUAUUUCUUCACAGAAUACUGUUGGCAAUUUGCAGCAUACAGAUGCUAGUGCUAACAACAUUUUGGCUAGUGGACGUGCUUUCUCGUCAUCUUAUGAUGGCCUCUUUAAUAAUACAACUAGAACAGGAUAUAGUUCCCAUGAAGUUGGGGAAAGUGUGCCCAAAACUUUUGAGUUCUUUGGCAAUCAGACAUCUGAUAUUGGGCCAAGAAAGACUAUUGAUGCGACUGAUUUUACUAGAAUCAAGCUUGCAAAUGUGCAGUCAUCUGAAUCUGCAGGUAUAAAUACUGAUAUCAGAAGCUCCUCCAACUAUGAACCACCAUACACAGCAUCAUCUGAAAAUAGUUUUAGGCGUUCUCGCCCAUCGUUUCUUGAUUCUAUUACUGUACCUAAGGCUCCUUCAGGGAGUUUUCUUGCUGAGCAUGAGAAAGGAUCUAGAAUAUCUGAUGGGUUUAAAGCAAAUGAAAAAGAUGCCCCAGUAUCCUUAUCUUUUCAGAAUCCUAUAAAAUCUGAUGGGUUCAGGACAGAUGAACGUGAUGGCUCAGAGUCAUUUUCUUUUCAGAAGCCAUUAAUGGAUAUGAAAGCGGUGGGAACUUCCUCAGAUUUUGCCUCUCAAAACACUCCAGCGACUUACAGCAAUUCAUUUCCUUCUUCAUUUUCUGCUGUGAAGGGGGUGGACCAGUCAAGUAUAGGGAUAGAGGAUAAUACAAUGGAGAGGAAACAUGAGCUUUAUUUGUCCAAGCAAAAUGAAGAUUUUGCUGCUCUGGAACAGCAUAUUGAAGAUUUGACACAAGAAAAAUUCUCCUUACAAAGAGCUCUGGAGGCUUCAAGGGCUUUAGCAGAGUCCCUAGCUGCUGAAAAUUCAUCUCUUACAGAUAGUUACAAUAAACAGAGAAGCAUUGUCAACCAACUAAAAUCUGACAUGGAGACAUUACAGGAGGAAAUGAAGGCGCAGAUGGUUGAAAUGGAGUCUCUCAAACAUGAGUAUGCCAAUGCACAACUUGAGUGUAAUGCAGCUGAUGAACGUGCCAAGCUGAUAGCUUCUGAAGUAAUUGGUCUAGAAGAGAAGGCCUUAAGACUAAGGUCUAAUGAGUUAAAGCUGACAAGGCAAUUGGAAAACUUAGAAGCUGAAAUCUCUUCAUACAAGAAGAAACUAUCUAGCAUGGAGAAAGAGCGGCAGGAUUUUCAAUCAACUAUUGAUGCUCUACAGGAAGAGAAGAAGUUGUUGCAGUCUAAGCUACGCAAAGCUUCUACGAGCGGAAAGUCUAUUGAUAUUAACAAUAUAACUAAUAGAAAAGACAUGGCGACAUCUACUGAAGAUUUAGAAAAUACAGAUACUACCCCUGGUACUUCUAACCAUGAAGUAAAAGAUGUAGGCUCUCUUAUUGAAGAUGAUACUGCUGGAGCUCCCAUGCUGCUUGAAAAUGCCACUACAGAAGUUUCAUCGGUUAUUAUCCCUCCUGAUCAUAUGAGGAUGAUUCAAAACAUCAAUGCCCUAAUAGCUGAGUUGACUGUAGAGAAAGAGGAGUUAACACAAGCUUUGGCAUCCGAGUUAGCUAGCAGUUCUAAGUUGAAGGAGUUGAACAAAGAGUUGACUCGGAAACUUGAAGCGCAAACCCAAAGAUUAGAGCUUUUGACUGCUCAAAGUAUGGCUGGUGAGGUUAUUCCUGUGAGGCAACCUGACUCUCGCACAGUUCAUGAUGAUGAUAUUGUACUUGCAGAUGAAGGUGAUGAGGUGGUUGAAAGAGUCUUGGGAUGGAUUAUGAAACUCUUUCCCGGUGGCCCGUCGCGCCGAAGGACCAGCAAGCUUCUUUGAGGAAUGUGGUCUGAUUAUCAGUGGAAGGCCAAUGCCUGAAGCUUCCAUUGUUCUCUCCUUCAAGUUUCUAGGUAAUAUAUUGGAGAUCAUAAGUUGUACAUUUCGAGUCGAAUGCGUGGUUCAUUAUUCUUUUUUAUAUAUCAAAGAAGCAGGCUAACCUUGACCCUUUGAGGCCUUUGAUAGCCUUAGGAAAUCCCAAAUUGUUAUUUUGCUCAAGGAAGAUGGAUAGAAAAAGAGAAAAGAAAGUGAAAGCAUCUGGUUUCUACAAUUGCUUCAUCUUUGCCUUUGGCUUCACAAAUUUUGGUGGGAGUGUUGGUUGAUAUUUUUAGACAGGAAAGGAAGUAAUUAGUAUUAACAGGCUUUGAGAUGUAUUUUUGUUUGUUAUUCUGCACUUCAUUACAUUACCUACAUUGUUUCUGUAACCAUCAUGAGAAUCUUGAAGGGAUUGAGUUGGGCCCAUUGAUGAAAUCCUCACAUUAUUUUUCAA